AUGCGUAAAUGCAAAGUGUUUGUCGGGAAUUCCCACCCUGAACUGGGCAACUUGGUGUGCCAACGCCUGGGUAUUGAACCAGCUCCAUGCACACUCAAGAAGUUUGCCAAUGGUGAGACGUCGGUCCAAAUCGGCGUUUCUGUUCGUGAUGAGGACGUAUACGUAAUCCAGUCUGGAUCGCCCUCUAUAAACGAUGACAUUAUGGAGUUGCUUAUUCUGGUUUCGGCGUGCAGAGGAGGUUCCGCCAAGAAAAUCACAGCUGUUAUUCCCCAGUUUCCUUACUCCAAGCAGUGCAAAAUGAAGAAACACAGAGGUGCCAUCACUGCUAGAAUGCUGGCUAAUCUGCUAAUUAUGGCGGGAGCUGAUCAUGUUGUUUCUAUGGACUUGCAUGCCUCUCAGAUGCAGGGGUUUUUCAGCAAACCCGUUGACAACUUGUACGGAGGACCCAGCUUGGCCAGAUGGAUCAGAGAAAACGUCGAAGACUACGAGGAUGCUGUGGUGGUCUCUAAAAACCCAGGAGGUACGAAAAGGGUCACUGCUUUGGCAGACACAUUGAAGAUUAACUUUGCAAUGAUCCACACUGACCGUCGUCGCUCAAAGGACCUGUACGCACAGAAUAAGAAUAGGCACCAGCUUAUGCUUAGAAAACAGUCAAUGCUAAGAAAAAAUAAGCCAAUUGUCAGACCUGGCGAGACCCCCGGCGAGGAGGAAAACAUCAUUUUGACUAAUGGGAUCCAAACUGCCAGAGUCGUCAAGGGGCAUGUUGUCGACGACGACGACUAUGCCGACGAUGCUCUAAUGUCUGAUUCAGAGAACGACUCAGAAGCUCAGUCGUCAGUCAGUGAUUCUUAUGCUUUAGGAGGAUCAUACGACGCUGUAGACUCUGACGACGAGGAAGGGCCAGAAUUCGUCGAUCAAGAAAAGUUAAUCACUUUGGUCGGAAAUGUUAAUGGACGCUCCGCUAUCAUUCUGGAUGACAUGAUUGACAGACCAGGGUCGUUUAUUAGUGCUGCAGAACAUUUAGUCAAAAACUGUGGGGCCAAGAAAGUGUAUGUUGUCGCCACGCAUGGUGUCUUCACAGGUGACUGCCUUGAAAGGUUGGAACAAUCAGCGUCUAUCCAUCAAGUUGUCUCGACCAACACCUACCCUAUUUCCGAGCAGAAGCUACAGUCUUCUAAGAAGCUAGUAGUGAUUGAUGUGUCUUCGAUCUUUGCCGAAUGCAUCCGUCGUGAUCAUUAUGGUGAGAGUAUAUCUGUUCUCUUUGACUCCUUGGCUUCCUUGUGA